GGCGCGGCAGGGCGGGACCUCCGCCGGGGCCCCUCUGCUGUCUCCCGGGCGGCCGGCGGGCGCGGGCGGUGCCGGCCUGUCAGCCGUGAGGCGCCGGUGCCUGCUGAAUGAACCCCGCGGGCCCGCCGGACCCUCGUGGCGCUGCGGAUCUCAGGAAGCAGGCGAGGCAGCUGGAGAACGAGCUGGACCUGAAGCUGGUCUCCUUCAGCAAGCUCUGCACCAGCUACAGCAGCUCCCGAGACGGAAGACGCGACAGGUAUAGCUCUGACACAACUCCUCUAUUAAAUGGAUCAAGCCAGGACCGAAUGUUUGAGACCAUGGCUGUGGAAAUUGAGCAACUUCUGGGAAAGCUGACUGGGAUCAAUGACAAGAUGGCAGAGUACACCAACAGCGCGGGCGUGCCGUCGCUGAACGCGGCGCUGAUGCACACGCUGCAGCGCCACAGGGACAUCCUGCAGGAUUACACACACGAGUUCCACAAAACCAAAGCAAACUUCUUGGCAAUACGAGAAAGGGAGAAUCUGUUGGGAUCAGUACGGAAAGACAUCGAGUCGUAUAAGAGUGGCUCUGGCGUGAACAACAGAAGAACAGAGCUGUUCCUGAAGGAGCACGAGCACCUUCGCAACUCAGAUCGACUGAUAGAAGAAACAAUAAGCAUUGCCAUGGCAACAAAAGAAAAUAUGACUUCGCAGAGAGGCAUGUUGAAGUCAAUACAAAGCAAGAUGAAUACCUUGGCAAACCGUUUCCCAGCAGUGAACAGCCUGAUCCAAAGGAUCAACCUCCGCAAGCGACGGGAUUCCCUCAUUCUGGGCGGCGUCAUCGGCGUCUGCACCAUCCUGCUGCUCCUCUACGCCUUCCAUUGAUGGAUGCUGCCCCCCUGGACUCUGCCAAACCUCAUCACCACCUUCCCUCCUCCCAGCCAAGGAAAAGUGACUGGGGGAAGCAUCAGACUUCCACAGCCUGCUCGUGGCUGGGGCUGUCAGCAUGAUGUCUGGAGCUUCUGAUGGUAGACACUGACACUGGGCUUGGGCUGAAGCUGCAGUGUUUCUCCUCCCCUGCUGUUCACCUUCCUUUGGGUUAAAUUUGGUGGGAUUUGUUUGUCUUUAAUUCCCUUUCUCACUGCAAGGUAAGUGCCCAUGGGAUGUUUAACCAGUACUUGGGGAACAGUUCCAGUGCUCGGCAGUGCUGGGGAGGUUUGGUGCUGGCUGGGGAGAAGGAGAGGAUUCAAUUUGCCUUGUGUGGAAGCUCAGCAGGAAGGCUUUUCCCUCUAAUCCCAGCCCAGUACUGAAUUUCACCCUGAGAGAUGAAUAUUGCAGCUUUAAGCCUUCAGGUUGCUUUACUACUAAAUACAUGUUCUGUAAUUCUUCUUAACUCCUGGUUGAGAUUCUAGUUAUUUCUGCAUAAUUCAUGCUGUGAAAACUGUGCUUCACACAAAUUCCUCAAAGUUAACGAAAAAAAAAGGGGGUUUCUGUUCACUUUUUGCACAGAACAUGAAUAUGAAAGUACCCUCUGAGGGAGAUCAUAAGAUUUCUUGUGGCUUUAAAGGGACUGACAAAGUCUCACUGUGUAAAAAGGGAGCACAGUGUCCCAGCAGCUGUUUACUCAAGUGUUCAGUCAUCUGAAAAGUGACCAAACAUGAGUUCACCUGAAGGAACCUUUUGGGUGCAAAUACUUUCAUUUUGGCUGGCAUCAUAAAGAUCUUUAUAAAGACACAAUAAGCAGUUUACAAAGCCUAUACUGUAAUUGAGGUGAAGUUAUUCUGAUAGUGCAGGUAAGAAGGAUGUGAUCUAAACUCUUGAUUGGAAAUUAAAAUGAUGAUGGUUAUAGCUGAGGCAAAGGUGUCUGUGGGCAAAUGUUCUGGACAUAACUCCUCCUAGCAAAGAGCUGACUGUAUGAAUAGUGAAACAAGUGUUAUUUACCAUUAUCUGGGGGGGAAAAACUUUUUCUUGGUCUGGACAGGCAAAAAGAGCCCUGUUGUUUGUCUGUAAACAAAGCUGACAUCUGCAGUGGCUUUGAUACUGCAGCUUCCCAGAUUACAGCUUUUUCUGCUCUUUCAGCAGCACUUUUCCAUCUGUCAUAUCAUAACCCAAUAAAUUCAAGCCUUGGCACUGAAAUACCUUUCUAAGAACUUGAUUAACUCUUUUCACAAUCCACUUAGAGUGCUCCUAACAGAUUCCAUGUAUUCCAUCACCCACAAAUGUCACACAGUCCCAGGUUCUCCUCUGGGACAGAGUCCAGCGGGACUGACGCGAUUUUUUACUUCAUUUUAUAGUGCCUGUGAGCUGGAGGGAAUAGAGACUUGUGUAGUGUGCAGACCCACACUGUUACACCCAAAAUGUCUGGAUUUAAAGGCUUCUUUGCAGAUUUUAAUAACCCUGUGCUAAAAAGUCAACAAGGGCUUCUAAUCAGCCAUCCUGCCAUUGGGAUUUGGAAGCAUUUGGAAUUAAGAUGUGUAAAACUGUGGGGCUUGUAUUUGAAAUAAAGGGUGAUUAUUUGGUUGAUUUGGGAACAUUCCCAUUUGGAGAUGAAGUGUUUAUUAAGGGGGCUUAUGAAAAAGCUUGAUGGAUAAAGGAGGGUUAUUAAUGGAUCUGUGUGUUGGGAGAUCAAACUUCUCCCUGUUGCCUUUUCUUUGAUUCCUCCUCCACCCUGAGGGACCCUGAUCAGCACUUGUGCAUCUGUUUAGGAUUUGUAGGAUUUGGUUGCUCUAUAGUUGGCAAUAUAAGAUCUGCAGUACCAUAAAUAAAUUCAUUUAUUUAAUCUUAUAACAAGUCUUUUUAUUGGACUUAACUGAUUAUUUGGUGCAUAUAUUUAAUCUUAUUGUGAAAAAGCUGCUAUGGAAAAUAUGUAGAUUAUAAUAAAUAUGUAAACAUAAUUGAUUUUUCAUGUUAUGAAAAUGUUAUGGAGGAACUGAUAUAUUUUAGUAUAAAAUAAUGGAAAUAUGCUGAAUUAUCUCUGAUAAAGCUUUACUGGAAACGG